CUCUCUCUCUCUCUCUCUCUCUCUCUCUCUCUCUCUCUGCAGGAAAGCUGUUUUUGCUAUGCUAUAAAAGCCCGCCCCACUUUCCUCCAACCUCUUCACUUAGUGCUCUCUCUCUCUCUCUCUCCCCCUCCGCAUUGAUCAGUAAUGGAGAUUUCUGCAAGGAAGCCGUGUUUCAUAGAAGGAGGAGACGAUUGUAUGGGUUCUCUGGCAGAGAUGGAGGCUGGUGUUUCUUCCCAGAACGGUCCCUUCUGGGACAUGAACCACUUGUGCCCAGGACAGGGGUAUUCUCACCAUCAUCAUCACUACUCCGUUUCAACUCCGAGAUCUGUGGUUUCUGGAAGGUUUCACGACUCGAGAUUCGAGAGAAGUUAUUACAGCCCCCAACAGCCUCAUUUCCUCGACUCUUGUACCCUCUGCAAGAAGCCUCUAGUCAAGAUCGACAUCUACAUGUACAGAGGGGACAUACCGUUCUGCAGUGAAGAGUGUAGAAAAGAGCAUAUAGACAGAGAUGAGGAGAAAGAGAAGAAGAAGAGAGUGUCUUCUUCGGUGAAGGCAAUGAGGAGAAAAGAACAGAGCUCUUCUGCUUCUUCGUCUCCCUCGGAUUAUGCUUUUAAAACUGGAACUGUUGCUGCUGCUUGAUUCCUCCUCAUGAAAUCAUGAGUUCUACUUGAGGCGCGCACACAAAAAAAAAAAAAAAAAAAAAAGGGGGGAAUGAAC